CAUUGUACCUAACGUAAACAUUGAAACGUUGAUUUGGCUUAUUGAAAAUACUAACGUUGUUCGGUGUCUGCUUUGGCUAUAUUUAAUCUUUGAACCUCGAGCGUAUAUGACAACAUACACGCUCUCCUUCACAUCGUCCGAAGUCGUUAAAACGAAUAGUACCAGGAAAUACGAUGUCAGAAGUUAACAUCAGACAGGUAGCUAGGGGAAGUCCACUAGCGUGCUAGCGACAGACAAAUGAAAUCAACCUCGAAUAUGGCUAGGUGGUCAACUAAACGGAACUAGGAUUUCCUAGACAGAGAACACGCGGAUAUAAUACAGCAUGGCAUUCCAGCGCACCAUUCUCACGGGACUCGUGUCACACUGAAUUUGAUGUCUUUUCUUAAUCUCAGUCAAGCAUUCCUUCUUCGGCAUUGUAAACAUGAAGCGGCUCACUGCGGAACAAGUAACAGACUUCAGCGAUUUUACCGGAGGUAAAGAUUUAAGUGACUUUUUAAAACGAUGUUUUUCUAAUAUUCCAAAUAAGAACGGUCUGUCCGACAUUCGCCUCAGUCCAGACGGACACCACAUACAUGCCAUUCGGCGUAAACCAAAGACUGGACUCUUAACUUUUGAUAAAUGUGAAAGAACUCGGGUAAUACAAGGCCAAAAACAUCUAGGUCCAGGCUUGACGAGGACAGUGCCCCUUUCGGAUCUUAUCUAUUUAGAAUGUAGCAGCAAGCUCGGUGGUUCAGCUGUUCUGGCGGUGGUAUUCGAGAAUGGAAAAACGGAGUUCUGGGAAUACUGUGAGCGAAAAGGAGGCUGGCAUUUACUACAGAACUCGGAUUUGUGCAAAACCCAGAGAGCAAAAAUCUUCUCUGUUAGCGCAAGCGCUAGCUGCAUUAUCUGGUGCGAAGAGAGACCCGCCUCCAAGAGCUCCUCAACUCUCAACGGUACUGGCAAUAACUUCAGGUACUUUAUCUGCAAGCGAACUUACGAGAUUGGGGAUGGGUGCGUCAACUUAGGAGGAGUUGAAAUCUUAUUGCACAACAGUCCCUGUUAUAGAGUUAUUACCUCGGGAGACAAUGCUUACUUGCUGCCAGACACCAAGGAGAAUUCUCUAACUGGUGUCAUUACCAAGGUCUUUCUCACAUGGUCCCUGCAGUAUGGCACAGUAGCCGUCAAUAGUGCUUGCCAGGGGGCCCUUCUGAGGAAACGCAAGCUGACUAGCGAGGGGUCCGAAUUCAGUGUGCUGAUGUCAGAGUGCAUCGGUGCACUGUCGACCGUAGAGCCCCCGGACAUAUACGCCUUUUCCCCCACGGGACACGGGGGUCUGCUGCUCCUGCUCAGCUCUGGCUGGGUCAGCGUGCUGCAGGAGGGUGGAGCUCUGCGGCGGGUCUACAAGCUGGCUGACAACUGCCUGGCGAGCUGCGGCGCUCACAGCAGCGUGCGUCUCCACGGCGACGUGCUGGCCCUGACCUUCAAAAAGACCCUGUGUCUCGUCGACAUCCGAUGUGGCCUGGAGGUGGACAAAAUCUCCCUGAAGACAGAGGGGGCCCUCUUUGCCAGCUGCCAGGAGAGCUGCACCCUCCACCUUCUGUCUGAAUCUGGUCUGUUGGUGAUAAGACCCGGGGACUUGGAGUCUGGCCCAAAGCUCGGGGGUCAUAACGAGAGCCUCAGGCUGGGUUCCGGCCUUGUGGAGGCCGUGUUCGAAGAGGCCUGUGGAUACUACCAACAGAGGAGCCUGAGCAACACCCAGCUCACCGUGGAGAAGCUGAAAAGUUUUGAAAUGUUCCAGGCCCCUAUUGCCCUCUCCUCCAUCCUCAGGGACUACCUGAGCAGCCAGAAGAGCAGCAACAACCCGGCGCUGGAGGCUGGGAGCUCCUCGAAGCUGCUGUUGCUGCUGGAGGCCAAGUUGCAGAGUCUGGCGGCUCUGGAGGAUCUGAAGAUGGCGAUGGUGGGUUCCUCGGACAGGGACCUGGAGGGCCACUGCGAGACCCUCGUCCAGAAGGAGGUGAGUAGGCUGCUGAGGUGCGAGGUGGACGUGGAGCACGUGCUCUACCUGAACGCCGUGUUCAGCGCGUUCCCCGCACAGGCCUGGAGGGCCGUGCAGUGUGUGCUCCAGCUCCGUCGCCAGGGCGAUGGGUCCCUGGCAGCCGAGGCCCCUCCCGAAGUGUGGAAGGCGGUCCUCGGCCCAUCCCACCCCCCUGCCCAGACUGCGGUGCUCCCCCAGCCGGGCCACGCCGCUGCCAGGACGGUGUUGCCCAUCUUCGAGCUCCUCUGCAGCUCCAUCCUCCACUCUCAGCCCCGCUGGCUGCCCCGGUUCGUGGAGCUGGCUCAGCAGCAGGCCCGUACCUGCUGCCCCUCGUCCUGGGGCUGCUUGGAGAAGGACACCCUGAGGAGCGCGCCUCUAUACAAGCGCGCUCUCUCCGUGCUCCCAGGGAACGGGGCGUUCUCGGAGCUGGAGGUGGAGUUGCUGCUCUGCAGCCAGAGGCCCAACGCGGUCAUGCAGGCCCUGUCCGCGCUGAUCCGGCAGCAGCAGUGGGAGCGCGUCACCCAGGUGGCCCAGUGCUGCAGCCGACAGAGCCCUCUGCUCAACAAGGAGAUCUUCACCACCCUGCUGUGCGAGGUGUCGCAGCACCGAGACCUGGACCCCUACCUGGAUCUGCUCUGGGCCCUCUGCCCCGAGGAUCUGACCGCGGUCAGCAUCGUCAACAUAGUGCUGGAGAACCUUCCGGCGUCCGCGCUGGACGGGGCCCCCUACCCGGCACAAAGGGCCCAGCUCACCGUGGGCCUCCUGAAACCCCUGCUGUGCAAGGCGCUCCAGAGAGAGACCAGGCCCGGCCGGAGGUACGUAGACAUUCUCCGGUCUCCCCCCACUCCCCCCUGCUAGGCCAGGAGCUGACUGACAAUGCCCUGGACCUCCAGGACUGCUCGCUACCUUUCUUUGUGAGGGUCAGUACUGAGCACUUAAACCUUGGACCCACCCUUACAAAGGAAAACAAAGGACUUUUCACACUCAGUAACCAACGUUUUAAACAUCUGUCCAUAUUCUAGGCUGUAUUGUAACAGCCUGUCAGAGUGUAAUAUUACUAUAUCUGAUCUUUUUUUUGGUGUGUGGGGGGGGUUCUAACUUGGGGUAAAUACUCUUAAUUUGUGCCUUUUAUUUUACACUUAAGUGCAUCUUAACAGGAUAUGCCUGUAUUCACUCCUCAAACCUUUUGAGAUAC